AUGGUCGCAUCCACAGAACCGCCUACCAUAGCGGUCAUCGGCGCCGGAGUCAUCGGUCUCUCGGCCGCCCUCAAGAUCCAAGCCCUCCUCUCCGGCGCCUCCGCCCAGGCCCGAGUCGUGCUCAUCGCGCGCGAAUGGCCAACCUCGAUCCCGGGAGCACCCAUCUCCCACUCUCCCGACUACGCCUCCAUGUGGGCGGGUGCUCACGUGCGCCCGAUCCCGGCCGGCGACAGUCCUCAGCUUCAGCGCGAGGCCCGCUGGCUCAAGCAGACGGUCGCUGAGUUCGAGGAGCUGCUGCGGACGGAGCCGUCGGUCGGCAUCACCCGCACGCCUGGCAUUGAGUUCCUCGACGCGCCGCCGCCUGACUACGUCAGGCAGACCGAGGCCAGCUUCGUCGAGGAAACUGGGCUGGCGGGGUACCGCAAGUACGCUGCCUCGGAGCUUCCCCAAGGCGUGCAGCUUGGAUAUGAGUACGAGACAUACUGCGUCAACUCGCCUCUGUACUGCGGUAACCUGCUGCGCAAGUUCAUCGUCCAGGGUGGCAAGACGCUCCACAGAGAUCUGAAAAGCGAGUGGGAAGCGUUCGCCGCAGGCGGAUCCAACGUAAAGUUGGUCGUCAAUGCGAGCGGCACAGGGUUCGGAGACUGGAGAAGUUUCCCUACGCGGGGACAGACCGUCAUCACGAAUGUCCUAUCAGCGACGAAGACGGUGACGAGGCAGAACAAGGAUGGGACAUGGAGCUUCAUCAUCCCUCGUUUCUUCAAUGGCGGGACCAUCAUCGGUGGGACCAAGGAGCCUGGGAACUGGCAGGUCGAGCCCCGGCCCUCGACGCGGGAGGUUCUUCUUGCUGGAGGUAAGGCGUUGGCCCCGUACGCCACAAUUGACUCAUCGCCGUUGAAUGAGAAGGACUUGCGUGUCAUUACGGAUGUGGUAGGCAGACGGCCGACGCGGGAAGGAGGAGUGAGGAUCGAGCUGGAAGAGAAGCAACUGACGGAUGCCAAUGGCCAACUGAGAACAGGCCAUGUUCUUCAUUCGUAUGGCGCGGGUGGUCGUGGAUUUGAGAUCAGUUGGGGAGUAGCCAACGAGGUGUCAGAGGUUGUGAAGGAUUUGUUGCCCUUGAUCGUAGGGACUAAAGCCAAGUUAUAG